AUGGGGAAGAAGAAAUGGGCAAACAAACAAACCGCUAAGAAAUCCCCUUCAAUCCGUCGGGAAGAAAACCCAGAAUUGCAACCACCAACGGAAGAACGGCCGCCGAACCCGCAACCACAGGAGCCGAUUCCUCAAGUUCCGGUGAUGAUUUCUUUGGACGUAAUGACGGAGUUCCUCAGACAGCAGGACCCGAAUCGAGAUUGGGCGGCCGACUUGGCCGAUUUUAGCCGAAUCGGGGGCAAAUGGAGCAUGAUCGGAGAAGCCCCGGCAGUACCUACAUCAGAACCGAUUGUGCAACCCACAGCACAACCGACAUCUCCCUCGAUGACCGCACCAUCAGAACCUUCAAAACCCUCCCCGACUCGCCAAGAAACCGAAUCAAUGGAUAUUCACCCCAUCUCAUCCUAUUACGACUCUAACCCAGGGGAAGGUGAGGAAAAAAGGAGCGAGGAGCCGACGAGCCAGGAGGGAGGAGAUGAACCAGAGAUAACGCCGGCAGCGGAGCCCAUCCCUCAAGAAAAGGUAAGGGAAGAGAUAGAUCUGAAUGAAACGGGUAGAAAGCAAGGCCUUAUGACGGAUGAGGAAUUUGAGGCGCUGUUGAAGGAGGUAACCCAUGAGGAAGAAGAAGAUGCAUCGGAGGCAGUAAGAGAGGGUGUAGAAGCUAGUACAAGGAACGACCCAGAAGGCAUAGCCCAUCAGCCAGAAGAAGAGGUGGAAAAGAGGCAAACCGGAGAACGAGAGCCAGAACCAGUGGCACCUCCAGUGUUGAAACCAAAAGCAGUCAAAAGGAAAUUGGUGUUGAGGGACGAUCCCAAGGCAGUACAACCAAAGCCCAAGAGAGUAUCGCAGAGAUGCCAAGGAAAAUGGACAUCCAGCAAUACAAAGACGAACACAGCAGCAGAUCCAGUUGAAGUUUUAAGUGACGAAGAAAGGGUGACUCCCACAAAACCUGGGGAGGAAUCUUUUCCAGCUACUAACUUGGAAGAUGCAACGACGACACCUGAAGUGGUCUCCACAACGCCGAGUGACCAGAGAGAUGAGACUGAGCAGAUGGCUGAGGGUCUGGACCUCGCAUCUGAGUCAGUAGGUCACGUAGAGCCAAGAGAUGAUAGUACACAUAUCCGCGUGGAGACCCGCCCUACUGCCCAGGACAAGCCUUCAACACAAGCAGAGAAGGAACCGGAAGAGGAUGAAGACAGAGAUGAGGACAGAUACCAAGAAGAGAGAAAAAGGAAAGGGAAAGCCCCUGUUAAGAGGAAGCCAAGCAGCAAGAAGCAACGCACAGGCAACAUAGGCAUCGUCAUCACAGAUCCAACUCAGAGAACCCCACCGCACCUUCAGGAGAUAAACGACAACGACUAUGCUGCUAGUGAAGAGCCCGGAUCCGACAGCGACAUCUCCCUGGAGGAUGAAGAGUAUGGUGAAUAG